CAAAACCGGAGGCUAAAACUCGACCAAGCAAUGAUGAGCUUGGAGAAAACGUAAAACCCUAAACCCUACUGCUUAUAGAAUCUUCGACGAUCUGCUUCAUUUCUCCUCAUCUACGAGUGAGAGAAUUUGUCAAUUUAGCUUCUUUAGUUCGGUCUGAUCUGAAUUAAUUGCAAUCUUCUCGGUUGUGUGAGAGAAUCAAUCACCAUGUAUCGGCUUGUCUCCAACGUUGCUUCCAAAGCUAGGAUUGCCAGAAAGUGUACAAGCCAGAUUGGAAGCAGGCUCAAUUCUACUAGGAAUUAUGCAGCAAAAGACAUAAGGUUCGGUGUUGAAGCUCGGGCUUUAAUGCUUAGGGGUGUUGAGGAUCUUGCUGAUGCAGUUAAAGUCACUAUGGGACCCAAGGGUCGUAAUGUCAUCAUCGAACAAAGCUGGGGUGCACCAAAGGUGACAAAGGAUGGUGUGACUGUUGCCAAGAGCAUUGAGUUCAAGGAUAGAAUUAAGAACGUUGGUGCCAGUCUUGUGAAACAGGUUGCUAACGCCACAAAUGACGUAGCUGGUGAUGGAACAACGUGUGCCACAGUCCUUACUAGAGCUAUCUUCACGGAAGGUUGUAAAUCAGUUGCCGCUGGAAUGAAUGCAAUGGACCUAAGACGUGGUAUCAAAUUGGCAGUUGAUACUGUUGUGACGAACUUGCAGAGCCGAGCACGCAUGAUUAGCACCUCUGAAGAAAUCGCCCAAGUUGGAACAAUAUCAGCUAAUGGAGAUAGGGAAAUUGGUGAACUGAUUGCAAAGGCUAUGGAAACUGUCGGCAAAGAGGGAGUGAUCACAAUUCAAGAUGGCAAGACCUUGUUUAAUGAGCUGGAAGUUGUUGAGGGUAUGAAGAUUGACAGGGGAUACAUCUCCCCGUACUUCAUAACUAACCCGAAAACACAAAAAUGUGAACUAGAAGAUCCUCUCAUUCUUAUCCACGAGAAGAAAAUUUCCAAUAUAAACGCAAUGGUGAAAGUAUUAGAACUGGCCCUCAAGAAGCAAAGGCCGCUGCUGAUCGUUGCUGAGGAUGUGGAGAGCGAUGCUCUUGCCACCCUAAUUCUGAACAAACUUCGUGCUAAUAUCAAGGUCUGUGCUGUGAAGGCCCCUGGUUUUGGAGAGAACCGAAAGGCCAAUUUACAUGAUCUAGCUGCCCUCACUGGAGCCCAGGUAAUAACAGAAGAGUUGGGUAUGAAUCUAGACAACAUUGACCUCAGUAUGUUUGGAAACUGCAAGAAGGUAACGGUAUCCAAAGAUGAUACUGUUGUUCUCGAUGGGGCUGGUGACAAGCAAGCAAUUGGGGAACGAUGUGAACAGAUACGAUCCAUGGUUGAAGCAAGCACUUCUGAUUAUGACAAGGAGAAGUUGCAAGAAAGGUUGGCUAAGCUUUCGGGUGGUGUUGCUGUACUAAAGAUUGGAGGAGCAAGUGAGACAGAAGUUAGUGAAAAGAAAGAUAGAGUAACGGAUGCUCUAAAUGCCACUAAAGCAGCCGUAGAGGAGGGUAUUGUUCCAGGUGGUGGUGUUGCUCUUUUGUAUGCUUCGAAAGAACUUGAGAAGCUUUCCACAGCUAACUUUGAUCAGAAAAUUGGUGUUCAAAUCAUUCAAAACGCACUCAAGACACCUGUUUACACGAUUGCUUCCAAUGCUGGAGUCGAGGGUGCAGUUGUCGUAGGCAAGCUUUUGGAACAAGAUAAUCCUGACCUUGGUUAUGAUGCUGCUAAAGGAGAAUAUGUGGACAUGAUAAAGGCUGGUAUUAUCGAUCCUUUGAAAGUGAUCAGAACCGCAUUAGUUGAUGCUGCAAGUGUUUCGUCUUUGUUGACAACGACGGAAGCAGUUGUGACUGAGAUUCCAACGAAAGAGGUAGCAUCUCCGGGUAUGGGCGGUGGUGGCAUGGGCGGCAUGGGUGGCAUGGGCGGUAUGGGAGGAAUGGGUUUCUGAGGAGAACUAUAAACCCUGAGUAGGGUUCUUUGGAAUCUGUUGUGAGAGAUGCUACGGUUGGUUCAUCCACAAGACACUAAUGUAUUCUUUAAUCAUGAUUGGUAGAGAGAGACCUUCAGAUUUUCCGUGAUUUUCAAUUCACAAACGAUUUAUAAACUAUUUUGAAGAAGAUCCUUUUCCGAUUCAUGCAAAUUUCUUCCAAAAAUAAUUCAGAUUAGAGAGUUCAGUGAAACAUCAAGUAGGUUGUGUUUGCGCAUAUGGAGGAGAUUCCUUAGUUCUCGCCAACUAUCACCAAACCCUUAUAUCUUAUUAACACGAUAUUUAGC